CUGGUUCUCGUGCGGAAGUCUCGCGCAUAUUUGGCAGCGACAACAGAGGCGCAACCGAGAAGAGCCGCAACAACAGCGACGAGAAGGGAGCCAGCGGCCCUGAGGCUGAGCGUAUCUGGAGUUCAGGCGAGAAGAAGCGUCGACUACUAAAAUGACCAGAGGAAACCAACGUGAACUUGCACGCCAGAAGAAUGCCAAGAAGGCGACUGACCAUGGUAAAGGGAAGAGGGGCGACGAUGGCCUGUCGGCUGCUGCACGGAAGCAGAGGGAUGCCGAGAUAAUGCAGCAGAAGCAGAAAAAGGCGAAUGACCCUGGGAAAGAAAGCCAGUCCACAAGUAAACAAUGAAGUCGGAGUUUAGCGCAUCCUGGUGUCUCAAGAACACCUCGUGUUCAGCAUUCUUCCCGAUAUUUAUGAGAAUCAUGGAUCCGUCAUUUUUGUCUAGACUCAAGAACCCACGAUCCUUCACUCUUCCCUUUGGCAAAUGACAUUGCUUGUUGGAUCUGUUAUUUUACUCGGUGAAAUUAUGUCUGAGCAAGUUAGUGGUUUUCCCACGUUGGUGCUGCAUGCAGAGGACCAUCAGUGGUGUACACAGCAGGAGAAAGAUGAACAAGUCUUGACACAAAGCAUCUGCGUAACACUUGUGUAUUUUUGUACAAUAAUGUCCCCUGCUGGUUUCAAAUAAAGUGGAUCUUUUUAGUUCA